AUGACUGAAAACGAGGUUAGGGAUAGGAAUCUCGUUGAUAAGAAUACGGAAAAACCUGACGAGAGAAGAUGGAAGAGACGAUUUGGAUUUAUGGGGAUAUCCAUCUUGAUCUUGACCACAAUCACUCUCCAGCUCCUCGUAUCGCUUUCAACAGCCAUCAUCUACCCCUUAGACCUGAUGCAUGCGGAAUUGGUACCGGGAAGAGGUGAUGGGAUACCAAGGAGAAUAUCCUUGGGCGGUUCAGGAGGAUGUAUGUGGUUUGAUGAUCUGAGCGGUCCCCCAACGAAAUGUACCAUAGGAACUCAUUUUCAUCCCGAUGCCCAAAUUCUAUCACUAUCAGAGGAAAAAGAUACCAUCUUGUGGGCGAUGAGCGCUAAGAUCGGUGUAUGGAGGAUAUCAAAUUUCUUAGCUACGGGUCUGGUAGUUUGUGGUUUGAUUUCGUUCGUUCUGGCUAUAAGAUUUAGGAGAAUAAGAAUUCUCACAUCUGCUAUCUUCUAUUCUGCCACUAUCGUCACAUGGGCGGCAUUGAUCUGCAAUAUAACCUACCUUAUCAUCGUACAGCGAAAUAUCCGUUCUUCAAGACCUAGAUUUCACGCUGACUUGGGUAAUGUCAUUUGGUUGUGGGUCACAUCGACGGCACUGGUCAGUGUAACUUCGUGUCUGAUCGUAGGGUUUUUUGGGCCUGAGAAAUCGGAAGGUGCUGGGCUCCAAGAAGAGUCAAAAGAAGGAAAUAUCGACACAAGGUCCAGAGUGGUUAAUGAUGUGGUAUGA